AUGCUGCUCGCCCCUGGCGAUGGGGAUGAUGGUGGCAGCAGUACCAUGAUAGAUGACGAGUUUAUGCCCGCUCAGACUCUUGACUCGAAUCCAGGAAUGACACCCCUCGAACAUCGUGCUGCUGCAGCGCAGACACCUUCUGCUCCUUGUGCAACUGCAACUGACGAGCCUACUCCAUCAUCUUCGCAGACCCUCGACGUUGCGAAGCGCAGAGACUCUACGGCGAUAGGUGCUGGUUCAAAUCCGGAACAUCUUUCCAGGUCCUCAACCAAUCCCUGA